CAUUUUUUCUCUCAACCAAACAUACCCUUAGAGAUCGAGUCCAUGAGUAUAUUCCCAACUAUCCCCAAAGCGUACCUUAGUAAAUUCAAAUAGAGAGGGAAGAGUACCUCAAAAAUCUUAUUAGCACACGUGAACCACGUGGACAGGUAUAGACAGACAGACAAGUGACCCCAAAGUUUAACACCCAAAAUACAGAAAGCAUUUUGUCAGUUGUUGUUUUGAGAAGACCAAUCCAUGUGUUCUUCUGCGUUGUUGUGAGUUUGAAACAGAACGACCAACAUUAUUCACUCCUUCCGUACACACUUCUAAUUCAAAUCGCAAUCAUAAUCUAGGGUUUCCAUUCCAACUCACCCUCUCUCUCAUGACUUCAAUUCUCAAUUAUUCAUCAAUUCAACAACCUUCCAUCCUUAUCUGAGAUGAACUCCAGCAAUCUGAUUGGGUUCGUCUUGGCAGUUGUUUCCAGUUCUUUCAUUGGUUCCAGUUUCAUCAUCAAGAAAAAGGGUCUCCAACUCGCUAGAGUCAACGGUCCUAGUGCCAGUGUUGGUGGCUAUGGUUAUUUGCUUCAGCCUCUUUGGUGGGUCGGAAUGGUUACCAUGAUUGUUGGAGAGAUAGCGAAUUUCGUAGCGUAUAUUUAUGCUCCUGCUGUUCUUGUCACUCCUUUAGGUGCUUUGACUAUUAUCGUUAGUGCUGUCUUGGCACAUUUUGUUUUGAAGGAAAAGUUACAAAAAAUGGGCAUGCUGGGGUGUCUUAUAUGCAUUAUGGGGUCCACUAUUAUUGUACUCCAUGCACCGCAAGAGAUGUCGCUUACUUCUGUACAUCAGAUAUGGAAGUUGGCCAUUCAACCUGCAUUUCUCAUGUACACGGCCUCUGCAAUUGCCUUAACAUUGUUCUUGGUUUUGUAUUGUGCUCCUCGCUAUGGCCAAACUAAUAUUUUGGUUUAUAUUGGAAUUUGCUCUAUAAUUGGGUCUUUAACUGUUAUGAGCGUAAAAGCGAUUGGCAUUGCAAUAAAACUUACACUAGAAGGUGCAAACCAGGUUUUCUAUUUUCAGACAUGGAUUUUUACAAUGGUUGCUAUCACUUGUAUCAUUGUCCAACUUAAUUACCUUAAUAUGGCGUUGGAUAACUUUAACACAGCAGUUGUUUCUCCAAUCUAUUAUGCAUUGUUCACAGCUUUUACAAUAUUAGCCAGUGCAAUUAUGUUUAAGGACUAUUCUGGUCAAAGCAUAGGUAGUAUUGUAUCAGAGCUAUGCGGUUUCAUAACUAUUUUAUCUGGAACAUUUCUAUUGCAUAGUACAAGAGAGCCAGAUCCUCCAGUCAAUCCAGAUUUAUAUUCACCACUGUCUCCAAGAGUAGCAUGGUUUAUCCAAGGAAACAAUGAAUCCUGGAAACAAAAGGAGGAAGAUGUAUCGCCAUUUAAUUUAAUAGCAGUUAUACGGCAAGAUCAUUUCAAGUGAUUAGUGGCUUAAACCACAAGAAGUUUAGUCUAUUAUCUUGUGCUGUAUCCAUCCAUUGAUCAGCUAAACACAGCAUAUAUAUACACUCUAUCAUCACACUGCUGGCAGAGAGGAGACAGUGCUGCCAUUUUUUGGAAUCUGGUUUACUGGUUGCAUCUGCAAUGAAGGCUUGAGUGAUAAUGUUUCAAAGGAUUGAUUAAUCACCAUGUUUGCAUUUUUGUAUCUCUUGUUGUAUUUCAUAUUGGUUUCAUCCGGCACCACACAUUUUUUUCUCUGUUUCUGUAAAAUGAUUCUUUCCUUGUUCUGGAGUUUGACAAAUGUAGAAGCUAAACCAUGUAUGUUGAUAUUUAGGAGUUCAUACUGUGUAUACAUGAUGUGCAUUUAUUUUUAAAUAUUUAUAUUAUUUAUUUGUUUAUCUUAA